AUGGGGAUCCGAUUUGCUUUAGGUACAACUGCUGAUAGCCUUGCUUCUCAUGCUAUACAAUAUCGAGUUCUUGCCACUACGUCUUGCAGUCAGACCGUGAUUAGGCGAUCAGGAAACUACAAGCCCCCUAUAUGGGAAUUCGAUUAUAUUCAGUCCUUAAACAGUGAAUACGCGGGUGAGAGAUACGUGAUGCCGGCUUCUAAGCUGAAAAUGCAAGUGAAGAUGAUGCUUGAUAAAACGGUGGAGCCACUGGAUCAGUUGGAAUUCAUUGAUAAUUUGCGAAGGCUGGGGAUAUCCUACCAUUUUGAGAAUGAAAUUAAGCGAAUCUUAUCUGUGAUCAACAUAAAAUAUAGUAAAAAUGAUCGAGAUUCAAAUAUUAAGGAUUUAUAUGCUACAGCUCUGGAAUUCAGACUACUAAGACAACAUGGCUUUAAUGUCUCUGAAGAGAUAUUUGAUCGUUUCAAGAAUGAGAAGGGUGAGUUCAAGUCGAGGCUCUGUGAUGAUAUAGAGGGAUUGUUACAACUAUAUGAAACUUCAUUCCUUUCAAUAGAAGGUGAAAGUACCCUAGAAAUGGCAACAGAAUUCACUAUGAAACACCUUAAUGAUCAAACUAGUAUCGAUCAGUUCCAUUCUCGAUUGGUGCACCGUGGCUUGGAGCUUCCGCUGCACUGGACCAUACCACGAGCAGAGGCAAGAUGGUUCAUAAACGUAUACAAGGACAGGCCAGACAUGAAUCCAGUUCUGCUCGAGCUUGCUGAAUUGGAUUUCAACAUUGUUCAAGCAAAAUAUCAGCAGGAACUAAAACAUCUCUCCAGGUGGUGGAAGGGAACGUGCCUUGCCGAAAACUUGUCCUUUGCAAGGGAUAGGCUGGUGGAAUGUUUCUUUUGGACUACUGGGAUGAUAUUUGAACCUCAAUAUGAAUUUUGUCGGAAAAUAUUGACGAAGGUCAUUGUUUUAGCAACAACCAUAGAUGAUAUAUACGAUGUCUAUGGUACAUUAGAAGAACUAGAAGAUUUUACAAGAAUCAUUGAAAGAUGGGAUGUCAAUUCAAUCCAUCAACUUCCAGAUUACAUGCAAAUUUGCUAUCUAGCACUCAAUAACUUCGUCAAUGAAAUGGCUUACGACAUUCUUAAAGAAAAUGGGUUUCUAAUAAUUCCGUAUUUAAGAAAAGCGUGGACAGAUUUAUGCAAAGCAUACUUACAAGAGGCAAGGUGGUACUUCAAUGGAUACAAACCAACAAUGGAAGAGUAUAUGAACACUGCAUGGAUUUCAAUAUCAGCUCAUGUCAUACUAUCCCAUGCGUUUUUCGCUGUUACCAGUCCUAUAGAGAAGGAAGCCGUCCAGUACUUACAGGAUUAUCCCGAUUUAAUCCGUUGGUCGGCAAUGAUUUUACGUCUUUCAGAUGAUUUAGCAACAUCAGUGGAUGAAAUGAAAAGAGGUGAUGUUCCUAAAACAAUACAAUGUUACAUGAAAGAAACUGGUGCUUCUGAAGACGAGGCACGCAAACAUAUAAGAUCUUCGAUACGUGAGAAGUGGAAAAAAAUGAAUAAAGUUCAAGAAACAAGUUGUCCACUCUCAAAAACGUUCAUUGAAAUUGCAGUGAAUCUUGCGAGAAUGGCACAAUACAUGUACCAGUAUGGAGAUGGGCAUGGCAUUCAAAAUCACGAAACUAAGGAUCGCAUCUUAGCAUUACUAUUUGAACCCAUUUGA